AGGUUUUAUCCUACACUAUAUUGUCUCCAAAUGUUACAAUGAAUUUAAAUGUCUGGGUAAAUGUUAAAUAAUAUACGUUUAUGUAUACACAACUUGUCUUGCUCACAAUUCACACAUUGAUGCAAUUUAAAGGUUUAUACACAGAUGUACACGGGCUUUUAUGAGAUGAAUAUAGAAAAUAAUAUUGGCUGACAUAAUCUAAUUACAUCAACAGAUUUACGCAUAUCCAUGGAAACACACCAUUUAAGUCAAUUCCAGUCAUGUAGUUUGCGAGCUCUAAAGAUCCAGGUACCUGUACAAGUAUCUCGACUUCAUAUCAAAGAUGAGAAAAACAUCCUCCAAACGCUUCGUCGUAUAUUUCAUCACCAUACUUAUGCUUUUCUAUUUCAUCUGGUAUUUUGUCUUAGAUUUCCAAUCUGAAUUUAAAACAAACAGAAGAACAGUCUUGAAUAAUGAUAGCAAUGUAGCUUUAGUUCUUGAGGCCGCUUUACAAAUCAACGACCAUCCAGUCUUAAUUACCCUUGUAAAUGAUGGAUAUCUUGACAUGGUUCAAAGCUGGGUGUGCAAUACUAAACAUAUGGGAUUCCAUAAACAGGUGAUAAUGAUAACUACCUCAGCAAAUGCUACAGAAAAGAUCAAAGCUUUGUCACCGGAUAUAACUGUUGUUGUAUUAAAUGUUGAUAAAUCUAUGAAUGAACAUCAAGUGUAUAGUCACGUGGGUUAUGUUAAAAUUAUGAUACUCAGGACGCAGAUACAGCUGGCUUUACUACAGAAUGAUAUUGAACUUUAUUCUUUUGAAUGCGACUCCGUAUUUCUGGCAAACCCAUUGCCAACUCUUAGCGCGCAUUCUAAAAAACAUGAUAUUGUGUUUAUAAGUAAUUAUAAGUCACCAAAGGCAAUCAAUGGUGGAUUCCUGUAUCUUUUUCCAACCACGGCAACAAAGGCAACAUUUAAACAACUGAACAGGAUGAUGCUCAAACUUUAUGAAAAAAUAGAAUUUGAGCCAUCCAAUAAAACUAUUCCGACUUAUGAAAACGACCAAGUAUACUUGUCGAAAUUAGUUCUUAAGAAAUAUGCAGGUCUCAAAUCAUAUAUUUUGCCCUUUUCCGUGUUCCCAGACGGCAAGUGGUACGAAAUCUCGGAAAAGGACAGAAAAAUUACAAAGCCUUAUCUAAUUCACAAUAACUGGAUAAUGGGCAACCAGGCGAAGGAAGAAAGAGCCAGAAAGUGGGGACAUUGGUUUUUAAAAGAAGACGGUUCAUGUGAUGUUGGCGCUGUUAAAAAGAUUAUUAAAUUUUAACAAAACAUUUUUAUUCACAGUGAAAAGUCUUUCAGUAUCAUUUAAG